AAAAGAUUUGAUAGUCAGAGGAAAGCAAUAGAAUUUGAUUAAUAAUUAAUUAAUAAUUAUUAUUGAAUUGUUACAUACAAUAGAGAAAUCAUGAUCAUCAUUCCCAGCAAUAUAUUUGAAAAUUAAAUUGUUGUUUUAGUAAUUAAAAUUUUAGAGUGUGAAUGUGCGGAUCCCUUGUGGUUUGUUUUCAUUUUCUUCCGUCGACAAGACAGAGGAUGCAUUUUUGUGCAUCGAAACCGGUGCAUUGUGUCAUUUUGUGUGCAUCGGUCCUGUUAUCUCGUCUGGGAGUUUAUUAUCGCUCAGUGUUUCGUUGUCUGUCGAUAACACAACGAUAUUCUGUAGAUAGUGUCUGAAGUGAAUCGUUAUCUUUCCUCAUAGUUUUAAUUUUAUCGCUAUCUCCUGAGCGACAUUUUCCGUCCGAUUGAAAAAUAAAUAGUGUGCAAUAGAAAACUUGAUGGCCAAGAUGAUUUCCGCCCGAGCUCUUCACUACGUCUUCAAAAUCGGCAAUCGUGCCAAAAAUGCCCACUUUUUCCGGGACAUUCUCGGCAUGCAGGUGCUUCGUCAUGAGGAAUUCACUCAGGGCUGUGACGCUGCAUGUAAUGGCCCUUAUGAUAAUCGCUGGAGUAAAACCAUGAUCGGUUAUGGACCGGAGGCGACCCACUUUGUCAUCGAGUUGACCUACAAUUACGGGGUCAAGGAGUACACCCUUGGGAACGAUUUCGGUGGCAUUACUAUCAAAUCUUCGGAUGUGGUUGAUCGAGCUACCAAAAGCAACUAUCCCAUGGUCAAGGAGAAUGACCACUUCGUUCUGGUGUCCCCGGAUGGGUAUAAGUUCUUUGUAGUUAACGAGAAGCAAGACCCGACCGAAGAUCCGGUGAAGAAAGUCUCUUUGAAUGUCACCGAUCUGGAGCGAUCGAUUAAGUACUGGCACGGAACGCUGGAAAUGAAACAACUCGCCAAAAGUGAUAAGUCAGCCCAGUUGACCUACAAAGAGAAUGGCUUCGUACUAGAACUGAACAAGAUCGAUGGUCCGCUGGAUCGUGCCAAAGCUUACGGAAGAAUCGCUUUUGCUGUUCCAUUCGACGUCCAACCGAAGAUCGAUGAGGUCAUCAAGGCCAGCAACAACACCAUCCUGACGCCAUUGAUUUCGUUGGACACACCUGGAAAAGCUACGGUCCGCGUUAUCAUUCUGGCGGAUCCGGACGGACAUGAGAUUUGCUUCGUCGAUGAGGAAGGCUUCUCCCAGUUGUCCCAAGUGGACCCAGCGAGCAACGGGCAGUUGGACAAGUACAUCAAGAAAGAUCCAUUCCAGGACCAAUGAGUGACUUAAACCUUACUUACAUUUGUUAUACGAACUUAUAAGCUGAUAUUAAAAGUAUUUUAUUAUUCAUAUAAAUA